GGAGGAGAUGAUUGUUUGUUUGUGAAAAAACUUGUUAGAAAGUAUGUUUAUGGUGGAUAAUAAUCAGAAUUUUUAAUAUUUUUAAAAUAGUUUGUACCUGAGAAAAAAUAGCAUAUCCCCAUUCCUUAUCACUGUAGUGCUAUUUGUCUCGUAUAGUAGUUAGCCUUGAAGUGCAUGUCAACUAAAUGAGUGUUGUUUAUUUAAUAUUUUAGCGAUAUUACUUGUAAUUUCUCGAUUAUAUGGCUCUGAUGUUUUACUUAUGUUUUGUGAAAAAUUGGAAGAGGCAUGUUUUACCUACGUAUUCGGGAGAAAAGUGCUGGUUUAGUAGUACUCAGCUGGACUUGCCUGGCUGUUUUAUGUUCUGCGUCUACAGCGCCCUGCGACAAAACACGCAGAGUUUUCACGGAUCCGAGUGGCAUAAUCACCGAUGGACCCAGCAACUCAAACUAUACACAAGACUCGCAUUGCGAAUGGCUUAUUAAAGCUGCCAACAAGAGUCAGUACAUAACUCUUAGUUUUAUUCGUAUGGGCACGGAAUGCUCAUAUGAUUAUGUGUUUGUUUACGAUGGAGAUUCAUUUGAUGCUCCCUUGCUGGGAAGUUUCAGUGGAAAGACUGAACCACAGAAUGUCACUGCUUCUAGUGGAUUUAUGUUAAUUCUGCUGUACAGUGACACUAAUUAUGUGCUGGAUGGGUUUCGAGCUACAUAUGCCAUUCACAAUUGCCCCAACAAUUGUACUGGACGCGGGCUGUGUAUGUCCAAUAAGUGUUUUUGUGUUGGCACCUGGGGCGGUCCAGACUGUAGCUUAGAGUUGUGUCCAAAUGGGUGUUCUGGAAAUGGACAGUGUAAAGGAGAUGGAUGUAUUUGUAAGAAAGGCUACUCCGGUAGUGCUUGCUCAUUAAAGACUAAUGAUAAAGAAGGGAACAGUUGGCACUGGUUAUCUCACACGGAGAGUGGUAUGAGUAAGAGGGCAGCUCACACUGCUGUCUACGUCAACCAUACCGAUAGUUUGUAUGUUUUUGGAGGAUAUGAUCUAAAUAGGGUUUUAGGAUUAUUAGAGAUUUAUAAAUUUUCUACUAGUCAAUGGCGUGAUGAAAAUGGUAAGGUUUUACGCCGGUUUCCUACUAAUGAAGAACUUGAUAAGUCUUUGUUAACCCUUUUUACAAAGGGAAAUCUAGAUGGUAGUUGGCAUAUUGGAAAUAGAAGCUCAUUAUUUAAUUUGCUACUGAAUUCGUUUUCGCAUAAUGAUAAAACAUCGCUGCCGCUCAUGUACACGCAUUCCUCCACGCCAUAUUCUGAGAGUUACCUGCAGUUCACUGAUCGGCCAGAACUGUUGAACUAUGCAAAAUCCAACUCAUCAAAGCCCGAGCCGAGGUAUGGGCAUGCGGCCUGUGCCUAUGAUGCUGGGUUCAUAUUGUACGGUGGGAAGCUGUCAGAUGGGAGUCUGUCCUCGGAGCUGUGGUACUACGACGCGCUACUGAACUCGUGGACGCUGAGGGCAGUCAAUUCUUCGUUCACUCCACCCGGCCUCACGCGGCAUACACUGACUGCUGUUGGUAAUGACUUGUACCUGUUUGGUGGGAGCACCGUCGACGGAGAGUUCUCUUCGAGCUUAUACAAGAUAUCCCUGGGUUCUGCGAGCACGGAGUACUGGGAGCGGGUGGCGGCGCGCGGCGGCAAGGAGCUGGACGUGCGCGUGGUGGCGCACACCGCCGUCUACCACCACCAGUCCAACUCGAUACUGGUCUAUGGGGGGGUGGUCGCCAGUGUUGCCCGAUUUUCGAAGCUGUCAGACCGCAUGUUCGCGUUCGACCUGGAGCACAAGCACUGGAGCGAGAUCCACUACCCGCGCGCGCACCUGCGGGACACCUACGUGCCGCGCGAGAGGGCCUUCCACACCGCCACCAUUGUCGGAAACUACUUGAUAGUAUUCGGGGGGUAUUCCCAUCGUCACAACAGGGAAGAGAUAUGCUACGACGGCCAGAUGUACCUCUACCACCUGGGAUGCCACUCCUGGAUCCCCCUGGACGUCCUGGGGAAGACGAGGAAGUACUACCCGAAGAAGCAGGGAGUGUUCGCCCACGCCGCCGCGCUCAAACCCCCGUCCACUUUGCUCAUUGUUGGCGGUUACCAUGGCAACGUAAACGGCGACCUGCUGGCGUACGUGGUGCCGAGCUGGCACGCGGGCAUCACGGCGAAGGACCCGGAGUCGGCGUGCCCGCGACACCGCUCGCAGCCCGAGUGUCUCGCAGACCCCGAGUGCGGGUGGUGCUCCGCUGAUGAUAUAUGCUACGGUCGCACAGUGGGAUCGAAUUGCACCACGAAUCUCCAAUCCCUCCGCUGCGGCGGUAUUUGCCCAGCGCUGGGCGACUGCCACUCCUGCCUCAUUCACGGCCCACCGCUGAGCCGGAACAGCUCGCGGACGCCGCUCACCUCGGUCAGCACUAAGCUCGGCCUGUACCAGUGCAGCUGGUGCGUCCAGAACGCCCGCUGCCACCAUAAGGAUGAUAACUACGGUGUGUGCGGCGAGGACACGCCGUCGGAGUCGCCCGGGUGGUGGGGGGCGACGGGCGUGGAGGUGACGGAGCCGGACAUGUGCAAGGUGCUGGACAAGCGGCCCGGCCUCACCUUCCUGCGGUACCAGCAGCCCGCCGAUUGGAACCACCCCGACGGCGUGCUCGUCGUCAACGCCACCACCGUCGACUGGGGCACCGGCGGCGGUAGCAACCACAUAUUCAGCGGCUCCAGCGAAGCCAAGCUCAGGGGCUGGCUGCACAUCCCGACCAACUGGAACGGAACGGGAGAAACUUUACACCUCUGCGCCGGAUACUCCAACCUAUCUCUGAGCUUGGGCGACAACCCCGAGCCGAUCGCCAACUUGACCGCUCAGCCGUCCGCCUGCUCGCCCGUCGAGUGGCCGCUCCUCAACCCCGGCCGGCUCUCCGUGGACAUGUACGCCAACGACUCCCUGCACACCGGCCUCUACCCCUCCCACCACCACGCCAAGAUGGAGCUGCUGCAUAACAAGUCCCAGGAGAGUGCCAAGGUUUUCACGUUCGAAUUUCUGGAGCCUUACUCCAACGGUGAGUGCUCGAACUACGACAACUGCCUGCUGUGUCUGUCGGACGCCGCGUGCGGCUGGUGCGAGGUGACGAAUCGAUGCGAGCAGAGGGACGUCGAUGAAAAAGUCGCGUGCGCGAACGACGGGGAGUGGAGAUAUCUGACGCUACAGCCGGCGGCCUGCCCGAACUGCUCCAACUACAUCAGCUGCGAGCGCUGCGUGUCGGGCAACUACUGCGAGUGGUGGGCGGACGAGGCGCGGUGCGCGCGGCGUGGGCGCGCGUCCGGCGCCAUCGUGGACGCCACCGAGUGCCCCGCGCCCUGCCGCAUGCGCCUCGACUGCGAGCACUGCCUGGACGAGCGCGGCCGCUGCGUCUGGUGCGAGGCCACGCGCCAGUGCUUCAGCUUCAGCGUCUACACCAGCGAGUACCAGUUCGGUCUCUGUCGCGAGUGGCUGGACCGAGCGUCGUCCCCGACCGACGAGGCCGCCCGCAAGUCCGGCCAGUGCAAGUCCUGCCAGGCCCACGUGCAGUGCUCGACGUGCCUCCGGAGCAUGGGGUGCGGCUGGUGCCACUCUCACGGCAACCCGAUCAACGGCGUCUGCACCGAGGGCGACUUCACGCGGUCGCACGUGGACUGCGCCUCGCUGCUGAACGUGUCCUCGACCGACGCCGGGUGGGCGUACGCGCAGUGCCCCGACGUCGACGAGUGCGGGCUCGGCCUGCACGACUGCCACGAGCACGCCAUCUGCAACAACACGCACGGCUCCUACACGUGCAAGUGCAAGCAAGGGUACAUCGGCGACGGGAAGAAGAUCUGCAUGCGGACCUGCUACAACAACUGCAUCCACGGCUACUGCCUGGGCCCGCCCCAGUACAAGUGCCACUGCGACCUCGGCUGGACGGGCGCCGACUGUUCCAUCAACUGCGGCUGCCACAACCACUCGACGUGCAAGACGGGCGUGGGGCGCUGCGACGAGUGCCAGGACUGGACCGAAGGCGAGUUUUGCGAGUCUUGCAAGCCCGGCAGCCACGGAAACGCCACCACGGGGCAGGGCUGCCGGCGCUGUGACUGUAACGACCACGGCGACGAGAGCCGCGGCGUUUGCGACGUCACCACCGGCGACUGCAUCUGCAAAGACAACACCGAGGGCCAGAACUGCGAGCGCUGUAAGCCCAAGUUCUACGGUGACCCGCGACACGGCGGCCGAUGCUACUACCAGUGUGAGCCUCGAGGGAUGUUGAACGCCUCGCAGACGGAAGGAAUCGGGUCGUUCAAAUCGGACCCGGACGUGACUACGUUGGGACCGGCCAAGGAAUGCCUAUGGAUCAUAUCAUCGGAGGGCAUAAAAGAUGCGAUCAUUCAAUUCACAGUCAAUGCGACUACGUUUAAUGUUCCCUGCGAGCAGAAUGCGGUCUACGUUUACGACGGUCUGGGCGGCGUCCCCGAUCUCACGAACAAUCAGCAGAGCCAGCUACUAGGUGUUUUCUGUAACGGGGCUUCGUCGGGGGUGGUGGAGGCUCGAAGUGGAAACUUGACAGUUCACUACAAGCAGAGCCAGCCCGAUCAAGGUUUCGAGGGUGUUUACAAUGUGCUGGCGUGCGAGAGCUACUGCUCGUGGCCGAGAGUGUGCAACAACAGGCACUGCGUGUGCCGCGACGGCUACGGCGGCUUCGAUUGUGACGUGGAAAUCUGCCGGAACAACUGCAGCAUGCAUCUCAACGGAGGAGUCUGCGACACCAAUUACGGCCGAUGUCUUUGCAGCGAGGGCUUCGGCGGGGACGACUGUUCUAUUAAGCUCGACAAAUCGCAGCUCGUGUUCACGGAACUGUUCAAUUCAGACUUUCUAUCGGACGGCCUGGAUCAUCUGAGAAAGACGCUGCCGAGGUUCGGGCACAGUUUAGUAGCGGACAGACGAGGCUUGUGGAUGUUCGGCGGCUACUCGCUCUCCCACGGUCCGUUGAACGACAUCAGAUUUUACGAUACCAAAAACAACACGUGGAUGCAGGUGACGGUCGAGGCCACCCCCGACGCCAAGAUGCCCGAGGGUCGAUAUUUUCACGCGGCGGAAAUCUACCACUCCAAGCAAAACAUCUACAUCUAUGGCGGCCUCAGUUUGCAAGACAAAUCAGGUGAUAACAAGACUUUGCAGGACUUCUGGCAGUUUAGCCUCAAGGAGCAGAGGUGGAGCCAGAUAAAGAGCAAAGAGGAGAACCCCCCGCCGCUCGCGGGGCACACGCUGACGAUGCAAAAGUACCAGGACUACGAGAGUCUCGUGCUCAUCGGCGGGUUCUCGUUGGAGGAGGGCUUCAUGUCGGACAUGUGGGAGUUCGACUUAGACCACAACAAGUGGAUCAAAUUGGUCUGCACCGGUGCUAAGCCCGUGGGGCUAAUCGGCCACAGCACCGUCUAUCACGCUCCCUCCCAGAGCCUGUACGUAUUCGGGGGCAUUAUGUACACGUACAAUGGAACGAUGAUAUCGAAUAAGUUGUUCUCCUUCCAUUAUCCCACCAAGAGUUGGAGCGAACUCCCAGUCUUUCCAUCAUUAAAUAAUCCCUACGAAAAUCUGCCGAGAGCUUCAUUCCUACAUUCUGCGGUGACUACGAACGAUUACAUGAUAGUGUUCGGCGGCAGGACGGUGCCGGACAAAAGAUCAAACUCACUGGUGGCCUACAUUUACAAAUGUAAUCAAUGGGUCAAACUUUCCAAAGGAACAAGUGUAUUAGAUCAUCCACCUCCUCGCACAAUGGCGCACGCAAUGGCCAUAGACAUGGAGUCGGAGAGCGAUUGGAACGUGUACAUCGUCGGCGGGUGGACGGGUAGCGCGAACUGUCAAGUGACUAGGAUCACCUUACCGGACGACCUGUGCUCCUUAUGGAGUAGCAGUAAGAUGGAGUGUCGCAGCCACAUGGGCUGCAGCUUCUGCAGUACAGGAGACUACACAAAAUGUUACUCUGUCGAUAAGCCCGGCUGCGAAGGCAGCGACAGAAUUUCGACAAACGCCGGCUCUGCCUGUGACGCGGAAUUGAUAUCGCGUCGAUCCUGCGAGAACUUUACAACCUGCACGUCUUGCCUCGCCGCCUGGCCUAUGUAUCCUGAAGAAAAACCCGCAUGUAGAUGGUGUGAAACUUGCGCUGCUGGAGUUGGCGAAUGUGUACCUACAGAUGAGUCCUGUACAAGUAUAAAGUGUAACGCUGGCACUAGAUAUAUCAGCAACUCGGAGCAGUGCCCCGAACUCAGAUGUGUAUAUUCUGAUUGUGACAAAUGUAUUACGAACCAGUGCGCGUGGACCAGACUUGCAGAUAGAACAGCCCAAAUGACAACCAUAACAGAAGACCCGAACGUUCUAUACAACUGGACGUGUGCGACCACCGAGGAGCCGGGGCGAGCCAACGUCUACUUGCGAGCCGUCACUUUGAAACUAGGUCACAACACUUUCGCGAUCAACAAGGACGAGUGCCCCGUCAAGUGUCACCACUACACCGACUGUCAGACGUGUCUCAGCUCGGAAGGGGCGGAGGGCGGGGCCAGCGAGUGCCACUGGGCGAGCUACAUAGGGACGUGCAUAUCGCCCGCGUACCAGCCGCUAUACUGCGCGGGUGGGACGUGCGGGCUGGUUCUGACAAAAGCGGAUAAAAACAAGUGUCCCGCACCAUGUAAUACUUUCGAGCAGUGCUCGGAAUGUUUGCACCACUCGCACUGCGGCUGGUGCGCGGUAGACGGUGCGAACGGCGAGGGAGUUUGCACGGAGGGCUCUAUAGACUCGCCUCUGGACUACCUCACCCGCACCACCUGCGCCGCGGUCUACACCGGCGCGCGCGAUGCCAACAACACAGACGACACGUUCUCGUGGCACUACACGAGAUGUCCACCGGAAAAUGAGUGCGAAAACAAUCACCACCAGUGCAAAGCGGAUUCAGAGGUAUGCCAUGACCUGCCGUUCGGAUACGAGUGUGUGUGUGGGUCUGGCCACAAGCGGCAGGGCGGGGUCUGCGCGGCGGUGUGUACGCAGGGCUGCGUGCGCGGCGCGUGCGUGCAGCCCAACGUGUGCCGCUGCGACUUCGGAUACGUCGGCGCUAACUGCACCAUACAGUGUCAGUGCAACGGACACGCGCACUGCGAGGGGCCGGAUAAGCUGGAUCAGUGCAUCGAGUGUCAUAACAAUACUAUGGGAAGCCAAUGCGAGAAGUGCAAGCCGAACUUUGUCGGCGACCCAACGGACAACGGGCAGUGUAUCCCGUGUUCUGUGUUCUGUCACGGUCACACGAGCUCGUGCGCCAACGACGGCGACAUCUCGCAGCUGCCCCGCGACCUCAGCAGCGCCGACCUGGAGGAGUAUUACAGGGAGGGCUCGGCCAAGGCGCGCUGUCUGAGGUGCGCCAACAACACAGACGGACCGCGCUGCGAGCGAUGCAUCGAGGGAUACUUCCGAGGAUCCGAGGACUUCAGAGACCCGUGUAGGCCAUGCGAGUGUCACGGUCACGGCGACACGUGUGACCCCGUGACGGGCGAGAAGUGCAACUGCGGCAACAACACGGAGAGCGACGCGUCGUGCGCGGCCGGUGGCAAGAACUCCGCCGCCGAGUGCUGGCGCAACCAGUGCGUCAAGUGCCGCGACCUGUACAUGGGCGACCCGCGCAACGGACACCAGUGCUACAAGACCCUCAACAUCGAGAACAAGCUGUGCUUCGACGGCAAGUCUAUAGACGAAUGCAAGAUCAAGCCGCGUCCGCUGUACCCCGGGCAGACGGUGUUCGUGGCGAUCAACCCACGCUAUAUGAACGUGGACAUCCGCGUAAUGGUGGACGUGACGCAGGGCGCCGUCGACCUCUACAUGAGCCCCAACGACAGCUCGUUCGUCGUGUCCGUCAACUCCAGCACCGGCGCGCACGCCGUCGAGCUCGACCCCUCCUACUACAAGCACGAGCCUUUCCGCCGCAUGCCGUCCUUCGACGACCACGUCCCCGAGCGCAGCCGCACCACCUGGUACCACGACAAGACCGAGUACGCGCUCGCCGACUACACCGCCAAGGACCUGGCCACCUACGUCACCGUGGACAAGCGGAACAUCCUCCUGCGGGUGCGGAACCUCCGCAACCGCCUGGUGCUCACGCUGCCGCAGAACGUGCACGACCUCACGCACACCAAGUUCUACCUGAUAGUGCGCGCGCGCUCCUCCGACGAAGGCGCGGCCGGCUUCGGCGUGGUGUUCUUCCGCCAGGACCAGCUGCACAUAGACCUGUUCGUGUUCUUCUCCGUGUUCUUCUCGUGCUUCUUCCUGUUUUUGGCCGCGUGCGUCGUCGCGUGGAAGGCGAAGCAGGCCGCCGACGUGCGACGAGCGAGACGAAGACACGUAGUUGAGAUGCUGCACAUGGCGAAGCGGCCGUUCGCGGCGGUGCGCGUGGUGGUGGGCGGGGCGGCGCUGCGGCGCGACCUGCGCCCCGUCGCCAUCGAGCCCACGGCAGACGCGCGCGCCGCCGUCACCACCGUGCUCGUCAGGUUGCCGGGCGGCAGUCGCGCGCCCGUGCGCAUGUCUCUGGCGUCCGCUCUGGUACUGGUCGCGCGCGCCCCGCCCCGCCCCCGCCCGCGCGCCUUGCGCCCGCACUCGCCCCGCCCCAACCGCCGCCAACACUCGUAGACACGACAACAUUCAAUCUUAUGACGUGGCAGUUAAAGUUUACUUUUAAUUAAUCGUUUGCUCCUACUUGAUUCGAGUAUCAGCAGAUUUAGUUCUACAAAGUGUUGCCGCUUUUGACCUAGGCGUAAAUAAAACCGACGGAUGACAAUAGUUGUAUAGAAUAUUUAUUAAUACAAUCGAUGAAUAAUAAUAUUAUUAUUGAGAGUGCUCUAGACUAGAGAAAUAUUGCUGAACGUAUUAGUUCUGAUCUAAAGUAGAGUAGUGUAUAGUCUGUCAAAAAGUGAA